CUGGCGCAGACGAUGAUUUUUGCCAUUGAAGAAAUAAAUCGUAAUGAGAAACUCUUGCCGGGGAUCACACUGGGAUAUGAGAUCUACGAUGACUGUUCAUCCCCCACGAUCGCCACUGAAGCAGCGCUAGAGUUGAUCAAUGGAGAGAAAUCUAUGGAAUAUCCGGAAUGUAGAGGCUCUUCUAAGGUCGCUGCCAUUAUUGGCUGCGAUAAAUCUACACACUCAAUCGUAACAGCAAGAGCAAUUGGAUCAUUUGGGGUUCCGCUGAUUAGUUACUACUCCACUUGCUCCUGUCUCAGCGAUAAGAGAGAAUACCCCACGUUUUUGAGAACCAUUCCCAGCGACCAGUACCAGUCCAAACUUCUCGCUGAAUUGGUGAGAACAUUUGGCUGGACUUGGAUUGGAACGAUAAGAAGUAAUAACGAUUACGGUAAUUUUGGAAUGCAAGAGUUUGUGGAACAUGUGGAAAACUUUGGGGUUUGUAUUGCCUACUCUGAGUCUUUUUACAGGACGGACCCGCCAGAAAAAAUCAGUAAAAUUGUUAAGGUGAUUAAGCAGGCGUCUACUAAAGUAGUCGUGGCCUUUGUCCAAGGUGGUGAUAUGCGAAUUUUGUUGAACGAGAUUUGGCGUCAAAAUGUAACCGGUAUACAGUGGAUUGGAAGUGAAGGGUGGGUGACAAGAGAUCUUCUUCCGCCUUCAGAAAGGGCAAUUUAUCUCGCCGGGACAAUAGGUCUAGCCACACACAGGACAGAGAUAGAUGAUCUCAGAGAUUUUCUUCAUAACGUCCAUCCUUCUAAUUUUCCUGGCAACAUGCUGGUAACUGAGUUUUGGGAAACUUUAUUCACCUGCGCUUUUACUACAGACAACGGGACAAGUCCGGUAACUUCCUCAGGUAUUAUUCGGCAUUGCUCAGGGAAGGAGAAAAUCGAUGGAAUAGAAAAUAAUUAUCUUCCAGCGAAAAUGGAUGGGAGCUCGUACCACGUGUACAAAGCUGUCUACUCGAUCGCUCACGCACUCCACGAUCUGUUAAACUGCGAAGAAGGAAAGGGUCCCUUUACGAAUAACACCUGUGCACAUGUGCCAAACUUCCAGCCGUGGCAGGUGCUGCACUACCUACGCACAGUGAAUUUUACAGCCAAGACGGGCGAAAUCGUAUACUUUGAUGUAAAUGGAGACCCAGUACCAAGAUACGAAUUCGUGAACUUGCAAACGAAUUUGAAGGGUCGAGUUGACAUUAUAAACAUUGGGUAUUAUGAUGGCACGGCUCCGCCAGGACACGAACUGAUGAUUAAUGUCGGGGAUAUCAUGUGGAGCACGAAGGGAAAUACGAUCCCCAGAGCAAUUUGUUCAGAACCCUGUCUUCCUGGAACAAGAAGAGUCAGCCGGAAGGGGCAGCCGAUAUGUUGUUUUGACUGUACUGAUUGCCCAGAUGGUGAAAUUAGCAACGUCACUGAUGCCACGGAUUGCAUCAAGUGCCCCUCGGAAUACUGGUCCAAUCAGGCAAAAACCCAAUGUGUCCUCAAGAAUGUUGAGUUCCUUUCCUUUCGAGAACUUCUAGGGUCUGUAUUAGUUACGCUUGCUCUUGUGGGAACGUGUCUUACAUUGGCCACAGCUGCAAUUUUCUAUUGGUAUCGAGAAACUCCUAUGGUCAAAGCGAACAAUUCCGAGCUCAGUUUCUUGCUUCUCUUCGCCCUCCUGCUUUGCUUCAUUUGCUCGCUCGCCUUCAUUGGAGAACCAUCCGACUGGUCUUGCAUGUUGCGCCGCACAGCUUUCGGAGUUGUGUUUGCUCUCUGUAUUUCCUGCAUCUUGGGAAAAACCAUUCUUGUAUUGGUGGCCUUUAAAGCAACUCUUCCUAACAGUAGUGUGAUGAAAUGGUUCGGUCCCGCGCAGCAACGUCUGGGCGUCUGCCUCCUUACAUUUUUGCAAUGUUUAGUUUGCAUGGUCUGGCUAAGUGUGUCACCUCCCUACCCCCUGAAAAACAUGAACUAUUACAGGAACAUCAUUAUUCUGGAAUGUGACGUUGGCGCGUGGGCCGCCUUUUACGUAGUGUCGGCCUAUAUUGCUCUGUUGUCAGUCGUGUGUUUAGUGCUUGCAUUCUUUGCCCGGAAACUCCCAGACAAUUUCAACGAUGCCAAGUACAUCACCUUCAGCAUGCUGAUCUUUUGCGCUGUUUGGAUAACUUUUAUUCCAGCCUAUGUGAGCUCACCGGGAAAGUAUACCGUGGCUGUUGAAGUGUUUGCUAUCUGGGCAUCGAGUUUUGGUCUGCUUGCCUGUAUUUUUGCACCGAAAUGUUACAUUAUCUUACUAAAACCGAACGUUAAUACAAAGAAACAUAUGAUGGCUAAAGGGGCAUCACUGUAA